AUGGAAGGUCGUCUUGUUAUUGUGCCACGGGAUGGCCUGCACAAGACAUCCAUGUUUCUCGUUGGCAAUGCACGUCGCUGCAUUCUCGCUGUCGGGUCCCAGCCAGAGGGACUGCUCGCCACCCCGUAUGUGCAGCAGAUGGCGGACGCCUUGAAAGGGGAAUGGGCGAUUGCUCACGUGGUGCUGGGCAGCAGCCAUGUCGGGCGAUCUGCCCCCAGCCACGAGGCAGACGCAGACGACGUGGAUGCCGUGCUGGGGCUCCUGGUGAAGGAGCACAACAUGGACGAGGUGGUCCUGUAUGCUAGUGGAACUGGCGUGCAGGUUGCACUGGAGGCGCUGGCGUUGGGUGCUCAUGCGGAAGUGGUGACGCGCGUCAUCCUGCAAGGAGGCAUCGUGUCACCGAAGAGCAGCAAACUCUUUUCUGUAGAAGCAACCAAACGCCGCCUCGAGGUGGCGCGUGCGCUCAUCGCAGAGAAGCGCGGUGAUGAUGCGACGGCGAUGGCGAAGGUGUACGACAUGGCAGUAACGCCAGCGCGUCUCUCUCGGAAUGCGACGCUGACGGUGCAGGAGGCGCUAUGGCAGCCGGUGUUGGGGGAGUCUGACUCUACCUGUAAGCAGACGCUGCGCGGGGUGACGGUGCCAACGCUGUUUCUACUAUCAACAGAGUCGUCGUACACGGCGACAGCGAUGGACGCCGUGCCCGCGGCGCAGCGCGCGGCGAGGGAUGCGAUUGGCCUGCCUACCGAGGAUGUCCAGGUCACGCUGCUCCCAACCACGAUCGACGAACAUCGACGCGCGCUCAACGGAAACGGUGCACUGGCCAUGAAGACCGUCAGUGACUUUCUUCAAAGGACUGAUGCGCGCCGUACACAGCUCAAGGCAGGCGCAACAGUUGUCGCCCACGAUGCAAAACCAAAGAAAGGCGUCGCGCCUGUCAAGAGGGUCUGUGCGUGA